CUAUACGCGCAGCAUCCGCCGGCGCACGCGCAGAACUUCAGUUGCGCGUAAAACCACGCGCACCGCGCGCGUUCAUACUUCACAGAUCAAUUGUCGCGUUUCUAAACGCUGACAGUUGAUGAUUAUCGUCUGAAUUAGUUUGACUAUAUUUUGUGCUUAGUCUUUUUAGGUUAUGGCGUUAUCCAGUUAGUGCAACUUGAUCUCAUUACUGGCUCAUAACGUUUAGAGGAAGUACAAUUAACUAGUAGAAACCAAGAUGGUCAAUUCAAUAUUCCAGUGCUGUAUGGGAGCGAUCAAAGAUGGCGAUGAGACGUCUAAGCUAUUUUCGCGGUGUUGGAAGAGCAAGCUGUCCCCGCUGUGCUGGCGACUGCCCGUGCUCAUCUGGUCGGUGUGCAUGAUCACGUGGACCAUGUCCUCGCUGCCCGGCAACCGAGCCAAGUUCUUCAUCUACAUGACGCACUGGGGCCUCAUCAUGGUCUUCCUGGAGUCCUUGUUCGGCAUUAUAGUGACUGUGAGAAAACCCAUGGAAACAAAAGCAGACGCUACAUUCGGGCUGCCGUGGUACGUCAAAACAUAUUGGGUCCUCUACAAUGUGACUAUUCCUCUGGCAUUCCUCAUAUCCACUUUUUACUGGGGACUCCUUAAAACUUCUGGCAAGAUGACGUACUACAACCCUCACCCGGUGCUGGACGUGAUGCUGCACGGCACUAACUCGCUGGUGACGCUGGUGGAGCUGGUGAUGUCGGCGCACCCCAGCCGCCUCAUACACAUCUUCCAGCCGCUGCUGUUCUCCCUUGUCUACCUCAUCUUCAACGUCACCUACUAUUACGCGGGGGGAUUGGACCCGUUCGGUCACACAUACAUUUACCCAGUGAUGGACUGGUCCAAGCCUCAGGAAGCAAUGGUGGUGGUAGCUCUGACGGGGGUGUUCCUGUCCGCGUGUCACCUCAUCGUAGUCGCCAUCGCCACCCUGAGGGACACCCUCGCUAGAAGGUGUCUCAAAGAAAACGUAGGCAUCUGCAAUGAAGGAUUUGCCGCUUGAACCUAUAGGAAGACUAAUCCUCGAAAAUGUGUUCAUUUAUAGCCAAGAGGUUCACUCACCUGGCAAAAAUACUGAUUGAUAUUAUGUACUAGAAAAUGUUCACCACAUUUGGUAUAAGAAUUAUAAAUUAUAAAAUGGUACCCUAGACUGAACAGAACACCCGUUCAGAACAAGGACCACGUCCGCCACUGCUAAGAUUUUGCAGUCCAAAACUUUGUUCAACCUUAUAAGUAUUUAUUUUCCUUCUCUAUUUUUUUAAAGAUUUUUACACAAACGAACAGUGAAACAUUCAACAAACAACUUCUGUACUAACUCAACACAGUCUAGUCCUAAAAAGUUAAUUUAUAAAAACUUUUUAAAGAGGUUCAUCGUUCGAUAGGUUAAUCCAUUCAUAAUACUUCCACAGUAUAAUGCUUUUUUUAUUGGCAUUAAAGUGACAACCACUGACGUGUAACCUUUUAACAGUGCAUGUAAUAAAAGGUGAUCGUAUCACCUUUUAGAAAUGAUAAUCAUUUUAAUUAACGAUUACUGGGAACGGCCGAAGAGAUGUUAUUUUAGGUCUUAUUAUAUGACUCUCUGAUAUGGACCAAGGAAGUCAGUAGGCAGCGAAUAAUAAAAAUCAUUAAACUGAAAAUGGCACGAAAUAACCAUAAACUACAUAAAUUCAGAUAAUAAUCGUCAAAAAAUUUAACAAUAAUGUUUACAUACCUACGCACAUUAUGAUAAUAUUUUUCGAUUACAAACGUCAAGAUGGGACAUUUUAUGCGGUUUUUUUUCAGCUGUGCGACGUUUUGUCGUAAACUAAAGUUUUCACGACAGCAGCAUACCAUUUUAGUUUUAUUAGUCAUUACCGCGAUUAUAAUACACAUAUUAUAUGGUACAUACAUUCGUUAUUACCUUUUAUAAGUCUGUAGUUUGCUGAUUAUUAUCAUCUUAUCAUUGUACAAUUUUAUUGAUGUUAUAGAGAAAACACAUUGAGUAUUUAUUCGUUGCCAAACAAACAAAGAUUGCAGAAAAUUAUUGUAAAGGUAUUUCUGUAUUGAUAGACAAGCGAACUGUGAUUUAGUUAAGUCCUUACUUUAAUGUCACAAGUAGGUAAGAUGUGUUUGGUUGGGUAGUUAGUAAGUAAAUUAUGGGUGAUUGAUAUCUCAUCAUAUAGGUAGAUAGGAAUGUUUAAUUUUUCCUAAAUGUUUUAUUUUGAUUGGUUUAUUUGGUAUAUUAUCAGUUACAUAUUAUUAUAUUAAUACAUAUUAUUUGAUGUUGUACUUAGUUCAUGUACUUAAAUACCGACAAAUGUGUUUUAAACGCUUAACAUGAAUCACCGAUCAUAGAAGAUAAAAAAGGUUUUUGUAUAAAAUUCAGAUAGGUAGAAGGAAGUGAUAUCAAACCGUCCUAUAUAAUAGACAUACUGAUACUAGUAAUUUCGACUGACGACAUAUUUUUUUGUCUAUUAUUUAUUUUUCCUUUAUAAUAUAACACUUAUAAAUUAAACUAAAUAACAUAACACUACUUAUACCCGUUAUCAACUUAAUAUUUUAGUUAAGAUGCUUGCCCAUCCAAAGAUGAAUUUUUAAGUUAGUUCUAUUCCUUUUGAAUAAAUUAGAAUUACUAAUAAAGUAUAUCAAUAUUUCAUCUA